GAACCGCAAGUUUGAGACAACUUGACACCAACUGCCUCCGAAAUUCCGUUUUUCUCAAUACCGCAAAAUCCUCCCUCAGAAUGACCUCCACCCUCACAUACGACGACCUCAAGGCACGAGUAACAACCUACUUCGCCGCCGUCGACGACCGAGACCUCGAGAAGACCCUCUCGCUCUUCGCGCCCGACGCCACCUUCUCCGUGCGAACAGACCAUGUGACGCUCACCGGCGUCGACGAGAUCCGCUCCAUGUUCGCCGCUUUCAUGCGCUCGAAAACCAUGCUGCAUGAAGUGCUGCAUAUCACGGUGGACGAGCGGGCGCGCAAAGUCUCCACGGAGCAGCGAUACACUGGGGAGCUGGAGGACGGGACAACGAGUGAUAUGCAGAAUUGUAAUUUCUUCGAUCUUGGUGAGGAUGGGCGGUUCACGAGAGUGGUGAUUUGGAUGGCUGGGUCGAAUCCGUUGAGAGGGUAGGAGGGGACUGGUUUUUGGUACUCUUUCUUGGUAGCGGUACCCUGGCCGGGAGAAACAUGCGUUCUCAAGAUGUUAGAUGCAUGUUGACGUUGUCGAAGCAUUGCGGGUUGGUCCUUAUCUGAAAGCCACGCGUCCCUCUCAUGUUCAAUGAAUCUGUCCCUCGCGUGUCAGUGUCAAAUGCACAAGUCGGGUACUUUGACUAUCCGCUAGCAAGGAGGCAAAUAUAGAAUCUGGUCAUUACUUAUCAGAUGUAUUCAGAGUCCGUGGCCAACGGCCGUUCUCUGCGC